CGGCCCCGCCCCCUCCGCCUGCGGGAUGCUGCUGAGCCGGGUCACCUCCACCCCCUUCUCCGUCAAUGACAUCCUGCGGCUGGAGCGCGAGCAGGGCGACCUCGAGGUUUCCCCACAGUGGGGGCUGCGGGGGAGCCCGGAAAACCCUCAGUACCUGGGAGUGGGCCCGGCGGUUCACCGCGCCUGCGGUGGGGGCGGCAGAGGGAGAGAGCGAUCCGAGGCUCGCGGGGGUCCCUGUGAGGCGGCGGUGGAGAUGCACGAGGAACGGGUUGGGGAGCCACAGUCCGACCCGGCCGCGGUCUUGCCCCUCGCCGGCGGUAACAGCAGGGAGCUGGCGCCCAGCGUUAGCCAGGGAGGCGACCGCGUGCGCGGUGGCGGCCCCGAGCGGCCCAAGACGCGACAGCGGCGGAAGCCACGCGUGCUCUUCUCGCAGGCGCAGGUGCUGGCCCUGGAGCGGCGCUUCAAGCAACAGCGGUACCUGUCGGCGCCCGAGCGCGAGCACCUGGCCAGCGCGCUGCAGCUCACGUCCACGCAGGUCAAGAUCUGGUUCCAGAACAGGCGCUACAAGUGCAAGAGGCAGCGCCAGGACAAGUCGCUGGAACUGGCCGGCCACCCCCUGGCGCCGCGCCGGGUGGCGGUGCCAGUGCUGGUGCGCGACGGCAGACCCUGCUUGGGCCCGGGCGCGCCUGCCUUCCCCAGCGCCUAUGCCGCAGCGCCCUAUUCUUGCUACGGCGGUUAUGUGAGUUCCCCCUACGGGGCAGGAUACAGCGCUGGCUACGCGGGGCCCGGCUCCGCGCCGUCCACGCCGCCGGCCAGCUCCGGCUUCGGGCACAGCGGCCAGAGCACCACCCCGCAGGGCCAUCUGCCUGCCACGCUGCGGGGCGUCCGGGCCUGGUGAGGCGCCCUCUCCUCCUGGCUCGGUCCCCUCCCUCGCCCACGGGUCCCGCUCUACGGGACUGGAACUGCUCGGGAGGAGCCGUCCCCCAGGCCCUGUGGGUGUUCCUCCCCCAGGGACGUGGCGCGGGACACAGUAUAGAGAGGGCAAAAGAUCUUAGGUGGCUGACGUCUCGGGGACAGGAGCAGCACUGAGGCUGGUGACUUUUCGGGGCUCAACCCCUGGGGCCCGAGGGGCUCUUCGGUUGCGUGUGCAGCAGCCCGGCCCCCUGGGAGGUGGAGAGGGUGUCAUCUAGAGGGGCUCCGUCCUCCAGCAAGGGAACUGAGGCGGAGCGUAGAGAGGAAACGGGAAAAAGCGAGGGAGUGGGAGGUCGGGAGGGUUGGAGCCGGGACGCUAAGGCUGCGAGCCACGUCCUGCGGCUCCGGGCCGGCGACCCUGGGAAGAGCGCCUGCGCUCGGGCUCGCCCCGGGAACCCUGCGUUUCACGUCGCACAUCCCGCGCAGCGCCCGAGCGGAGAGACUGCGUGGCCCUGGUGUGUUGGCAUCCCCUAGGCCGUUAGCAUCCUUCUCUCGGGCAGCUCUGCACAACUUCGAGUUGAAGCAGAAGCUGUAGGGAGACAAAAGUGACCGAGCCCUGGAGGUGGCUCCUGACUGCAGCUCUCCCGCCCCUCUUUCCCUCUCCGUGGGUUUUCUUUUGGAACAGAAUCUGUUUCUAAAUUCUGCAUCAGGAAAGGAGAUCCCGACUCGGCUCUAAGUCCCAAAAAGAUGGGUCCAAAACCUAACGUUUAACUCCCUGAAAUUAUGAAAAUUGGACAUCCUCUCUCCCCUAUCCUGAAGUCAUGCAAACUGAAGGUGGAAAACAAAUUCAGUGUAUUAAUGGGAACACGGGAUCCAGUAGGAAUUGUCCUGGGCAGGACAGUUAGUAGGAAAGUCUAGAAGGUUGCCGCGGACUUAGCAAAGGUUCGGUUCUAUUAUUUAAUAAAUCUUCGUGUUUAAUUAAAAUGCACUGCACCUGCUUGUUCUCCCCUCUGAAUAUACCCUGAUUGUUUUUACUGAAGUGGGAAAUGGUGUUUGAUCCUAUGUAAAUGCUACAUGACUCCCCAUCCUUCACAGCCUUUAAAUUUACAUACUUAAACAAGAAUUGUUCAUAUUUUUCUUACUAUUUCCUUACAUUUUCACUUUUUU